AUGGCUCCCCGUCUCGGUUGCGGACAGCGGCCCCUCGUCACCAGAAGCGCUGCGGACGACGUGCUCGCCAACUCGAUCACAUCCUCGAGGCCUCAAGGAUGCUGCAAGCGCUGUCGGGGCCGUCCCCUUCCUCGGCGGCAUCGUCGCCACGCACUCGGGAUCGCGAAGGCCGUCGAGCAAUCGAGAAUGAACACAGACGCGUUCGUCUCUGUCGCUCAGCGCGCGGCCGCCCUCGCCGAGUACGUUCAGGAGAAGACUCUGGGCUCGAACGGGGGGACGAUCAGCACGGACAUGCAGGUCAUCCUGCAGGAGCUACACAGCGCUCUUGGGAAGGUUCAAGACACAGUCCAGCGAGAGCUGGACAGGGGGAGCUUCAAUCGUUUCUUUCGACGGGCAAAGCUUCGUGGGAAGGCGCAGGAAUGCCUUCAGAAGCUGGACGAUGCGUGGCGCUCGUUUGAUGUAGAGCGCGAUCUGGUGCGCCUCGAGCGCCACGGUGAAUCGCUUCAACGCCAGGUCGAAUCGCUUAAGGGCCAGGUUGAAUUGCAAGCUACAUUCGAACCCGGGUGCUUAGUCAGUGCCUCCGCUCUUCCAACUACAGCGUUAUUCUCACAGCUGCUGUCAGAUAUACAGCGCACAGAAGCCCACACGAAGAUACCGUACAGAACCAGGACCCACCACGGUUAUCAAUACAGCGCUAUAUUGGGUACUCGUCCGGUGACAGUGCGCACGUAUGGUCACAAGCUCAAGGAUAACGUUUUCGAAAGCAUUCAAAUGUACUCUGAGAACAACCACGAGUCCCACGAAACCUUCAGCAAUGUGAUCGCUAUGGCUACCCUCAUGCUGGAGUCCAAUUCUAUGUCCUUGACGGUAGUGUGCGCUUUCAGCUUUAUAAUACAGCUACUAAAUGAAAGGUCGCUAAGAGCGGACACGUCCCAGUGGCCGAUGCAGCGUGCGGAAUUUACCAUUGUUCCAUCCCAGAACGACCCGGGUCAUUGGUGCAUCGGCCAACAAAUCCUUUCCGCUUCCAGCUACACAUACGACAAAUUCUUCACCGACCACGCACUACGUCUGUCCCGCCUACAUGGUAUAGACCUAUCGGAUCUCUUUCUCCUCGAUGCCGCUAUUAUGGGCGUGGGCGUGCACUGGCGAAGAUCACACGCACGGUACACACAGUGCGUACGACGUGUGACAUUUAACGUCAUCCACGAUCUCUUACAAGUGACUGUGGAUACAGCAACGGCGUGGCUUCACAAGCAGCCACUUGACGAGCACGGUGUGCCCCACAAGCUGUGGGCGUACUGGUCCUUUGAUGAGGAGCCAGUGCCCGUAGGACACCCGCCGCCAGACGUUCCCUGGAUGCUUCGGACCGCCAAGCUGUGGCCAGGGUCUCGGAAAGCCAUAGACACUGACAAGAUUGCGCCGCGCACGGGGCACUCAUGCACCGGAGAGAGCUCAGACGACGACGACGACGACGCGGGGUACACACAGCGCGAGUGA